AGUUUAACUUUUUAGUGUUUUUUAGAUCCUAAUUUUUUGUUCAAUGCAACAGUAUGGCUAACGAGUGUGUUGUUUAUAAUGACUUUUCAGACGGAAUUGGAUUCUUCAGUUACAGUCAAGAAAAAGUCUUAAUUUUGCACCAAAACAUUAGAAGUCUAAAUAAAAAUUUUGAGUUUUUUGUAAGUCAAUUGCAGUGCUAUGAUAUUAAACCACAUGUAAUCGUUUUGUCGGAAAUCUGGGCCCAAGAAUCGGAAAUAAAGCAGUUUAUGUUGGAAUUCUGUGUAAAAUAUCCGAGAUCGUAAGCGGGUUUACGGGCACUCGUAAGAUCGGAACUAAAAAAGGCAAUUCUGUGUCCGCCCGGAUCUUACAAAUUCUCGGAAGUCCCUACGGCUUGUCGUAAAUUCUUACGGUGACAGAUUAUCUGACCUAAACUUAUCCGAGCGCAUCAAAAUGAAUAAUAUGCGCUUCUAUUUACAUAUUGGUGCUCUUCUCGAAGAAGAUAAUGAUCGUAAUUUCAUGAGAAUAACGAAGAGACAGUUAAGGGACUCGCUUAAUGUUUUUGAAACAAGCGAGAAAGACUUUAAACAAAUGUUUCGUUUGGACAAAGUAAGUGUAAUGGGUUUGAUCGAGGAAAUAGGCCCCCAUUACCAAAACACAGGAAGUAUUCCGCUUCAUUUAAAGGUUCUAACAACACUAAACUUUGUUGCCACUGGUUCAUUUCAAAAUCCUGUAGGAAGUAGCUGUUGGAUUUCUUUGAGUCAGCCAUCAGUUUCAAGAAUAAUACACGAAAUAACAUCUUUAAUAUCACAACAUUUGUUGCCAGAAUGGGUUCAAUUUCCGACUGACUUCGAAACAAAAAAUAAUAUUAAACAAGGAUUUUACAACAAGUGGAAUGUACGUGGUGUUCUUGGAGUUGUAGAUGGAACUCAUGUUGAAAUUCUUGCUCCACCUACGAAUGACGUUCACCAUCCCCCUUUUGUUUAUAUAAACAGAAAAGGAAAACACUCAAUAAAUGUUAUGCUCAUUUCGGAUUCUAACACAAAAAUUAUUGCUUGCAAUGCCAGAUAUCCUGGGUCCGUCCAUGAUUCUGCAAUAUGGCAAAUGAGUAAUAUUAAAACUUAUUUAAAGCGGGAGUAUGAUAAUGGAGAUAAGUCCACGCAUUUACUUGGUGAUAGCGGAUACCCCCUUGAACCAUGGCUAUUUACUCCCUUUUCGAAUUUUGAGCAAGGAAGCCCAGAAGAACGUUUUAAUAACCAAUUCAAGACGGCUCGAAAUGUUAUUGAAAGAACCAACGGCAUAUUAAAAGGACGUUUUAGAUGUUUGUCAAGGCACAGAGUUCUUUUAUACCAUCCGAGUAGAGCAGCUAACAUCAUUUAUUCUUGCUGUGUUCUUCACAAUAUUGCUCUCCGGGCAAGGAUUCCUCUUCCGGAGGAAGAAAUAGAAUAUAGAGACGAGAUUGGCAUAGAAGGCAAUUUGGAGUACAAUGAUGUUCUGCAAGAAGGGAGGGCUACAAGAGCUAGAUAUAUAAGAAAUAAUUUAUUAUUAUAAAAUACAAAAAAAAAACUCCAAGACAUUUAUGUUAAAAAAAAGACUAUUAAUCAAAAUCAAAUUU